AUGGUGUUUUUCUUCACUUGCUCUGAUCCGCGAUAUGUGGUUUACAUGGGAAAGGACAAGUACGAGAAUGAGGAGCUGUUGAAAUAUGGAUUUCCAGAGGACAUCUGGUUCCACGUUGAUAAGCUGUCUUCAGCACAUGUGUAUCUCCGUCUUCCGCCUGGCAGUCUGGAUUUGUCUGGGGCCAACAAGGCCGAAGCCAAACAGAGGCUGCUGGAUGCGAUCGCUUCAGUGCCGGAAGAGAUCCUGAUGGAGAUGGCCCAGCUCACGAAAGAGAAUUCCAUCGAGGGUUGCAAGGCAGCUCAGUGCGACAUAGUCUACACACCAUUCCUCAACUUGAAGAAAGAGGACCGCAUGGAAGUCGGCCAGGUUGGCUUCAAGGAGGAGUCUUUCCGAACCUUGAUCAAGCAUGUGGCCAAGGACAAAGACAUAGUCAAAAGGCUGGAGAAGACAAGGGUCGAGAAGACCGUCGACCUUGCAAAGGAGAAAGAGGAGCAUGAUAACGAAGAGAAAGCUAGAAGAAGAAAAGUUAUUGAGGAGCGGAAAAAGGCGGAGAAAGAGGAAACCAAGCGCCACCUCGAGGAGAAGGAGCUCAAGAGCUACACCGCGCUCCAGCACUUGGAAAAGUCCUCAAAUGUCGGUGUUAGCAAGACGGGCUCGAUUGAGGAGUGUCGGGAGAUCGAGGAUGAUUUCAUGUGA